CAACCUUAGUGAAUAUAUGAGCUAGGGUCAGAGUAAAAAAAAAAACAAUGUUUGCUUCGCUCCUAAUACUCGGCUUUGCGGCCAUCGCUGCAGCUCAUGGAGGACAUGACGACCAGGAGUCUCUUUCGGGCCCUCAUGAGUCCCUAUGGUAUAACUCUCUUCCAGGAGACGGUGGAACACAGGCCGACUCUGUCUUCUCUGGCAUCUCCACCUUCGGACGUCUGCCCUACCAGCCUUGCCUGAGCCAGCGUGAUGCUGAAUAUGACAUUGCCUUCAUCGGUGCCCCCUUCGACACUGGCACGUCAUAUAGGCCCGGUGCCAGAUUCGGUCCGUCAGGUAUCCGGCAGGGAUCUCGGAGGUUGAACUUAUACGGAGGUUAUAAUGUGCCACUUGCUACGAACCCCUUCAAUAGUUGGGCGACAGUGCUGGACUGUGGAGACAUCCCAGUUACAUCCUACGACAACAGCUGGGCAUUGAAGCAGAUUGAGGAAGGACACUACCACAUCCUGUCCCGUCCGCCCAAGACGGAUGCCAAGAAGGCCGGCCCGUCAAAGAGAGGCAAGACGCUGCCUCGCGUCAUAACCCUCGGCGGAGACCACACCAUCACGCUGCCGUUGUUGCGCUCCAUCAACCGUGCCUACGGCCCGGUCUCCGUCGUGCACUUUGACAGCCAUCUCGACACAUGGCGUCCCAAGGUCUUCGGCGGCUCGCCGUCCGAGGUGGCGAGCAUCAACCACGGGACGUACUUCUACCACGCGUCGCAGGAGGGCCUGCUCCGCAACGACUCCAACAUCCACGCGGGGAUCCGGACGACGCUGUCGGGGCCCUCGGACUACGAGAACGACGGGUACUGCGGGUUCGAGAUCGUGGAGGCGCGGGAGAUCGACACCAUCGGGACGGAGGGCAUCAUUCGCCGGAUCGUCGACCGCGUCGGCACCACCAACCCCGUCUACCUCUCCCUGGACAUCGACACGCUGGACCCGGCCUUCGCGCCCGCCACCGGCACCCCCGAGACCGGCGGGUGGAGCACCAGGGAGCUAAGGACCAUCCUCAGGGGCCUGGAGGAUCUGAACCUGAUUGGUGCCGAUAUUGUCGAGGUUGCGCCUGCAUAUGAUACGAAUGCUGAGCACACCACCAUGGCCGCUGCCGAUGCCCUCUAUGAGAUCAUGAGUAUCAUGGUGAAGAAGGGACCCCUCAGUAAAUCUAUUGAGGACAAGGACGCGGGAGAACUUUAGACAAUUCCCAUGAUUGUGAUCGAGCAAGGCAUCGAAGGCGGCGGGGAUGGUGAAGUGUCGGUGAAUUGUAGAUAGCUUUUGGGAUAUGAUUGGUGACGGCAUAUCGUGGUGACUAGCAGGCAUUAUACGAGACUUGAUGCCGUGGAGCAAGAUAUAUCGUAAAAUCCAAAUUAAGUCGUUCAAGGUA